AUCCUAUACUCUCAAUUUCCAUCUUCAUAAACUCAUCCUCCUCAACCAAAUCUUCUACUCCCCUGAAAACCCACACCCAAAAAAUAAAAAAAAAUUAAAAAUGGCAACGUCCAUUUCCACCUUAACAUCAUCUUUCUCAUCACUCUCCUUCUCUUCACAAAUUUCCCAACAAAAACCCAUUUCUUUAACAAAAUCAGCCCAUUUCACCAAACCCAAAACAACCCUUAAUAAUAAAAUACUUGCAACUGCUGCAGCCGUGGAGCCAGUGGUUGCUGGAGGAGGAGAUAUAGAGACAAUGAAUAUAGAAAAAUAUGUAAAGUCAAGAUUGCCAGGUGGGUUUGCUGCUCAAACACUUAUUGGUACUGGCCGUCGAAAAUGUGCAAUUGCUAGGGUUGUUAUUCAAGAAGGAACUGGCAAAUUUAUUAUUAAUUAUCGUGAUGCUAAGGAAUAUCUCCAAGGUAAUCCAUUGUGGCUUCAAUAUAUUAAAGUCCCUUUGGCAACUUUGGGAUACGAGACUAGCUAUGAUGUAUUUGUGAAGGCACAUGGAGGUGGUCUUUCCGGGCAGGCACAAGCAAUCUCCCUUGGCAUUGCUCGUGCUUUGCUAAAAGUGAGUGAAGACCAUAGAAAGCCCCUCAGAAAGGAAGGUCUUCUUACCAGAGAUGCAAGAAUAGUUGAAAGGAAGAAACCUGGUCUCAAGAAAGCUCGAAAAGCCCCACAAUUCUCCAAACGUUGAGUUACCCAAUGUGACUUUAGCAUUGCUAUUUUGGAAAUUUGCUUCUUGUUUUCUGUUGUAAUAUGUCUCAUGUCAAAUACUGGUUCCUAGCAUAGAUGUCGACUUCUCCCUCUCUUUUCAAUUGUUGAUCGAAAAGGUUUUGACACAUUAAGGAAUGCAGUUAAUGAAUCUGGAUUUGAUAAUUCUUGUAGGAUGUGGGUCUAGUUUCAUUGUAAAUUAAAUGAACAGAUAGCCCGAAUGCCAUCUAUCAUAUUAUUACUUCAAGUCUUCAA